AAACAAGGACGCACAGUGCACCACUUGCAGCGGCAUAUCAUAAACCUAAUAAAUCUUACAAUGCUGUUAUAGUUUAAAACAAGACAGGAAUUAAUAACCACUCUUGGGGAAAAAAUGAGCACUCCUCCGCAGAAACGCGUGUAUCCUAAACUACCCGUGUGGAUUGUAGAAGAUCAUCAUGAGGUUGUACAACACAUAUAUCGUGCCAUCGGCUCUAAACAUAUUCCCAUGAAAGACAUUAAAAUGGUCCAUUUGGACUCACAUCCUGAUCUCCUCAUCCCUGUGAAUAUGCCUGCUGAUACGGUGUAUGACAAAGAGACUCUGCUCAGUGAGCUGAGCAUUGAGAAUUGGAUUAUGCCAAUGGUCUAUGCUGGACACGUAUCCCAUGUAGCUUGGCUGCAUCCGUACUGGGCUCAGCAGAUCAAAGAAGGGGAGCACUCCAUGUGUGUGGGGAGAGAUUCAUCCACGACCACCAUCAGGGUGACAAGCAGAGACGAUUACUUUUUGAGUGACGCUCUUUACGUUCCGCUGGAUCAGCUGGAAAACCCCCAAAAAUUACAUUUAGAUGUCAUUCGAGUGGAUCCUGCCAACAGUUUGCAGAAAAGGAAGCAUACAAAUGGACAAAGCGGUGCUAAAAUACCCAAAGCAGCUGUAAAGGAAGGCGGUGAUGUGCCGUUCAAAAGAGACACCCCGUGCACUUCCUCUUCUCAACCGCUUGAUAGCAGCACAGCAUCAGGAGACGUCAUUGACACAGUCAUGAAGGCUGAUGAGGGGUCAACAAGCUACAUCACUGACAAGCUUUUAGCAGUUAUAGAGCAAACUGACCCUUUCAUACUUGACAUUGACUUGGAUUUUUUCUCCUGUAAGAACCCUUUCAAGGAGAUGUAUACAAAGGAAGAGUAUGAUCUUCUUCAAGAGUUAUUCAGCUUUAGCAGGCCACAGCCGGAUCCAAAUGAGGAGGAGCUUUUAGAUUGUGUAGAGAGACGCACACACCAGCUCGAAGAUCUGGAGGCUGCAUUUGCUGACCUGGUGGAGGAUGACAGCCAGGAAACUGUUGAACGUUUAGCAGCAAACCCAAGAAUGAAAUCUCUUGUCAGACUUGUACACAGCCUUAAGAAUCGGACACAGUCACCGGACUAUGAAAUGGUGCAUCAAGCAGGCUUGACCUGUGAUUUCUCUGAACUCCCUCACCACAUCAGCAGUGAGGAGGAGAUCCAGCAAAUGAUCACGGCCGUGCAGCUCUUCCUGGAAGCUCUGCCCAAGCCCACCAUUGUCACUAUAUCACGAUCCAGUUUGGAUGAGUAUUGCCCAGCGGAACAAGUGGAUUCCAUCCAGAACAGUGUACUGAACAUUCUAGAGUCCCUCUUCGGCUGCUUAGAUGUUCACAGAGAGUAUGAAUCAAUAUCAUCAGAGAGCACAUCACAGACCCCAUGAAGACAACAACAGCUGUGGCACAUUUUUUACCAAAGGAUUUUUCGAGAUUUGCUGUGUACUCAUUGGUAUUGUCUGCAAUGAGUACAUGUGUAAUAAGGUUAAGAAGUAUGGAUCCAAUAAUGAACGUAAAUUAGCUUCCAGCUGGGAAAUGGGUUUUUAAUUUAAGGGGUUUGUAGUAUAUAUUUGAAGUGCAUUGUUUCACGAUAUGAGAUGGAAGGGUUACAUUUGGAAUGAAAUACUGGGUUAUAAUUGUUCUGCAUUGUCUCCAAAAUUAUGUUUUAUUUGCACGGUGAAGUAAAAACCCUGAGAUUUUCAUAUGUA